AUGGACGGCCUUUCGCUCGGCGGCCACGGCGGCGAUGGCCGUCCCCGGGAGCGCGUUCUGCCUGACUUUCUUGGUAUGCCACCCCGACUCGUCGUCCCUAUGGAGGGCUUGUAUACUCUUGUCUUUCUGCUGGUAGAAGACUCGGAGGAGGUCAUCUUCCAGCCGAAGGGCAGAGAGCUUGGUCUCUGGGUGGACAAAUCGGUCGACACUGCCAGAUAUCACGGUGGCCUCGACGAUACUGGUCCUGUUGUCGCUGUCAACGGAUAA